GUGAAGGUUAGGCGGGCUCUUGCUCUUAGAUCGAGAGCAUCACUUUCUGUUUUUAUACUUGCUGGACAUUUGCUUGACACUUUCAGGAAUGACGACAAAGAUGCAGCUUGGAUGGAAGGUAUUCCUGAUACUCACAGUGCUUCCCUGCUGCAGGAGUUUAGAGGUUUCUAUUCCAGAGAGGGCAUAUGAGGUAGUGAGAGGAGGUGAUAUCACUUUGACCUGCUCCUUCAUCCCAGCCAGACCAGUCGCCAACGCACUCGUCAUUACAUGGGAAGCUUACCCUGCGAAAGUUGGUGAGCCAAUGGACGCAGUGGCCACUUACUUUAUAAACAAUCCAGUCGACAUUGCACCUAAUUAUGAAGGCAGAGCCACGAUGGAGGUCAGCCUUGACAAUCAAGUGAGCACUCUCACCUUAACCAAGGUGACCAUGCAGGACAGCCGCAGUUACCAAUGCAGUGUCAUGAUCCCCAACGAUGACGAGGGAACAACAGCUGCCACCACUUCCCUUCUGGUUCUUGUGCCUCCCUCUCCGCCAAUCUGCAGGGUUCAGGGAGAAGCAGCAUACUUUCACAACAUCACGCUGACCUGUUCGUCCCAGGAGGGAUCCCCACAGCCUGAAUAUGUUUGGAGCAGCUACAAUGUUGAAAACCUUCCCAGAGAUUUACCACCUCGGGCAAACCAAAACCAUGGAAUUCUAUCUCUGUUCAAUAUUUCAAAAGACACGUCUGGGUUCUACAUUUGCACAUCAACAAAUCGUAUUGGUUCUGCCAGAUGCAACUAUACCUUAGUUGUGACUCCUGGGAGCAUGAACAUUGGGUCCACUGCAGGUAUAAUUGCAGGAGUCCUCGCAGGAGUUGUGCUGCUGGCAAUUUUAAUCUUCUGUUGCUGCAAGAAAAAGGGCAAAAAGGAGAAGUAUGCUGAAGGUUCCCCUGAAGAAACGGCGUAUUAUGACAGAGACGCUCCUGAAGCUGGAGAGCCGUACUUGGAUGACAAGUCGAAGGGCGAGACAAAGCAGGUCAACCAGCAUGAAGUCAAAGGCCUUCCUCCAAACAAUUACAGCGAAGAACCAGCUGCACACAAGUUUGAGGACGAUCACCACAGUUAUAAUAGCAGCAAAGAAAGGUACGAUGGCAAGGGCAGUGAUGUUGACUCUCAGCGUUACCAGAACGAUCAGCAUGAUCGCCGCCGUGGGAGUCGUGAUCGCCUUGACGAUCAGCGUGAUCGUUAUGGAGGUAGUCGCGAUCGCCUUGACGAUCAGCGUGAUCGUUAUGGAGGUAGUCGCGAUCGCCUUGACGAUCAGCGUGAUCGUUAUGGAGGUAGUCGCGAUCGCCUUGACGAUCAGCAUGAUCGUUACGGGGGCAGUAGGGAUCGUCUUCAUGAUCAGCGCGAUCGUUAUGGGGGCAGUCGGGAUCGCCUUGACGAUCAGCACGAUCGUUACAGAGGCAGUCGGGAUCGCCUUGAUGAUCAGCGCGAACGUUAUGGAGGCAGUCGGGAUCGCCUUGACGAUCAGCGUGAUCGUUAUGGGGGCAGCCGUGAUCGCCUUGAUGACCAGUGUGAUCGUAACAGAGGCAGCCGUGACCGCCUUGAUUACAAUGACGAUCAAAGCAGAAACCGGUAUUAAUAACCUUGUGUUACUGAUUGUUAUAACGCUCUAAAAUCUUUUCUUUUAUGCACUAAAACAUUUUAUUGGGUUUAUGGAUUGGCUUAGUUCCCCGUCACAAACAGCCAAAGUAAAAUUAUUUUGUGCAUCCUCACAAAUAUUAUAAAUUAUCAUGUAGAAGCCAGUAUUCAAAUCAUAGUGUAGGGAAGAGUCGAAAUAAGAAGUAGAGGCUUGUCUCUUAUAUAAGCCUGUCCAACACAAGAGUCUGAUUAUCUCUUCUACUGAAGUAAAUUACGGCCACUAUUUGAGAAUUUUACAGUAGGGUGGUGCUCAAAGCUUGGUGACAUUAGCCCUGUUUCUACCCAACACUUUUGUUAUGGUACCUUUGGAACCCAAAGUAACCCUUCAGACAUGAUACCUAGACCCUAGUCCACCCUACUCCACUGCAAACAGUCCCCUUAAAUGUGGGCGGGGUUGUUGUCACUCACUGCUCCGUCCAGCACUCACUGUAU